AUAAAAGUUAACAUUAACAGUGCGCUAUAUUAAAUAGUGGUUUAGGUCAUAUUAUACAUACGUAUGUACCUACGUAAAGGUAAGAUGCCAUACUACUUUACUUAUAUAAGUAAAAUUAGACCAAUACCUAAUCCUUUUAGGUCUAUCUGUGUAAAAAAUGGAAUCAAGAGAUGACAUGGUAGUAAAAUACUUCUCGCUUGGCUUACAACAACGAGAAAUUAUAACUAUGCUGGAAUCUGUUCAUAACAUAAUAAUAAGUCCCAGGAAUCUGAAGAGAAUUCUAAAAAAGAAUAACUCAUAUGGACGAAGAAACUUCUCAAAUCCAAACACGGUCGCAGCGUUCAUAGAAAGCCAGUUGUCAGGAUCUGGUCAAAUGCAUGGAUACCGAUGGAUGCAUUUAAAAUGCAUCCAACAUGGAUUAGUGGUAACCCAAGAAACGGUUAGGGAGUUGUUGAAACUUCUAGAUCCGACAGGGGUAGAUAUUAGAAAAAGAAAAAGAUUACGAAGGAGACAGUAUGUCAGCAAAGGACCAAACUAUGUAUGGCAUGUUGACUCUUACGAUAAACUUAAGCCAUACGGAAUUUGUAUAAAUGGCGCCAUUGAUGGCUUUUCAAGAAAUAUAAUGUGGCUCAAAGCAGGACGUACUUCAAGUGACCCAAAAGUAAUCGCUGGCUACUAUGUACGGGCUGUCAAAAGUUUGGGAGGUUGUCCACAAACGGUACGUAGCGAUAUGGGUACUGAGAACGGAACUAUGGAAAGGAUUCAGACAGCAUUAAAAAGUUUUUUUGAAAUGAAGGAAAGCCAAAAGCCAGCAUUUCUUUAUGGACGCAGUACCGCAAAUCAAAGAAUUGAGUCUUGGUGGUGCAUCUUGCGCAAGCAAAACGUGCAAUAUUGGAUUAACCUUUUCCAAACUUUAAAAGAGGAGGGAUUAUUUAAUGGCACUUUUGUUGAUAAAUCGCUAAUUCAAUUCUGCUUUAUGACGCUCAUACAGGACGAACUAGAUCAAGUGGUAGGCGAAUGGAAUUCACACAGAAUAAGAAGCAGCAGAAAUAGCAUAUCACCUACCGGACGACCAAUAAUUAUGUUCGAGGCGCCAUAUUUAUACCAUUGUGAAAAUUGUUUGGUGGAUAUCCCAGCAGCAGUUAUAGAAAAUUUAGAACAAGAAUGCACUUUUCAUACCAAUCAAUGUGAUGAGGAUAUGAAAACAUUAUGUGAAGAACUCAUAUUGGAGAACAACUUCAGUUGUUCCUUUAGUGAUCCAUAUGAAGCCAGCCAAAUGUACAUUAAGUUAAAAGAAAAGGUGUAUGAAAUUAUAGAAGACUAA